AUGGAAGAUGGAAAGCCCGUUUGGGCACCCCACCCCACAGAUGGAUUUCAGAUGGGCAAUAUUGUGGAUAUUGGCCCUGACAGCUUAACAAUUGAACCCUUGAACCAAAAAGGCAAGACAUUUUUGGCUCUCAUAAACCAAGUAUUCCCUGCAGAAGAGGACAGUAAAAAAGAUGUGGAAGAUAACUGUUCACUGAUGUACUUAAAUGAAGCCACACUCCUCCAUAAUGUCAAAGUUCGGUACAGUAAAGACAGAAUCUAUACAUAUGUCGCCAACAUUCUGAUUGCAGUGAAUCCAUACUUUGAUAUACCUAAAAUAUAUACUUCAGAUACAAUAAAGUCAUAUCAAGGAAAAUCUCUUGGGACAAUGCCACCUCAUGUCUUUGCAAUUGCUGACAAGGCUUUUCGAGACAUGAAGGUGCUCAAGAUGAGUCAGUCUAUCAUUGUGUCUGGAGAAUCGGGAGCUGGCAAAACAGAAAAUACAAAGUUUGUUCUAAGAUACCUGACAGAAUCUUAUGGAACUGGUCAAGAUAUUGAUGAUAGAAUUGUUGAAGCUAACCCUCUUUUAGAAGCCUUUGGAAAUGCAAAGACUGUUCGUAACAAUAAUAGCAGUCGAUUUGGAAAAUUUGUGGAAAUUCACUUCAAUGAAAAGAGUUCAGUUGUUGGAGGAUUCGUUUCUCAUUAUCUCCUAGAGAAGUCUAGGAUCUGUGUUCAAGGCAAAGAGGAGCGGAAUUACCAUAUUUUUUACAGGUUGUGUGCUGGGGCUUCAGAAGACAUUAGGGAGAAGCUUCACUUGAGUUCUCCAGAUAAUUUUCGGUACUUAAACCGAGGUUGCACUAGGUACUUCGCUAACAAAGAAACUGACAAGCAGAUUUUACAGAACCGAAAAAGUCCUGAGUAUGUUAAGGCAGGUUCCUUGAAAGAUCCUCUACUAGAUGACCAUGGAGAUUUUAUUAGGAUGUGCACAGCCAUGAAAAAGAUUGGUUUGGAUGAUGAAGAAAAGCUUGAUCUGUUUCGAGUCGUAGCUGGUGUCCUGCACCUUGGAAAUAUUGAUUUUGAGGAAGCCGGAAGCACUUCAGGUGGCUGCAAUCUGAAGAACAAAUCCGCCCCGUCAUUGGAAUAUUGCGCUGAAUUGCUGGGGUUGGACCAAGAUGAUCUUCGAGUCAGUUUAACCACCAGAGUGAUGCUCACCACAGCAGGGGGCACCAAAGGAACUGUUAUAAAGGUCCCUCUGAAAGUGGAGCAAGCAAACAAUGCCCGUGAUGCUCUGGCAAAGACUGUCUAUAGCCAUCUUUUUGAUCAUGUGGUAAACAGAGUGAAUCAGUGUUUUCCUUUUGAAACAUCAUCUUAUUUUAUUGGAGUCCUGGAUAUUGCUGGUUUUGAGUACUUUGAGCACAACAGCUUUGAGCAGUUCUGUAUUAACUAUUGCAAUGAAAAACUUCAGCAGUUUUUUAACGAGAGGAUCCUGAAGGAGGAACAAGAACUAUAUCAGAAAGAGGGCCUGGGUGUUAAUGAAGUGCAUUACGUGGACAAUCAGGACUGUAUAGAUUUAAUUGAAGUGAAGUUAGUCGGAAUCCUGGAUAUUCUGGAUGAAGAAAACCGUCUCCCGCAGCCGAGUGACCAGCACUUCACUUCUGUAGUUCACCAGAAGCACAAGGACCACUUCCGCCUCACGAUUCCCAGGAAGUCUAAGCUGGCUGUCCACAGGAACCUCAGAGAUGAUGAAGGUUUUAUCAUCAGGCACUUUGCAGGGGCGGUGUGCUAUGAGACGACCCAAUUUGUGGAGAAAAAUAAUGAUGCACUACAUAUGUCUCUUGAAUCCUUGAUUUGUGAAUCCAGGGAUAAGUUCAUACGGGCGUUAUUUGAAUCAUCCACAAAUAACAACAAAGAUACCAAACAAAAGGCAGGGAAACUUAGCUUCAUCAGCGUGGGAAACAAGUUCAAGACACAGUUAAAUUUGCUUCUGGAUAAACUCCGAAGUACUGGAGCAAGCUUCAUUCGCUGCAUCAAACCCAACUUAAAGAUGACAAGUCACCACUUUGAAGGCACCCAAAUCCUGUCCCAACUUCAGUGCUCAGGUAUGGUGUCUGUGCUGGACUUAAUGCAAGGAGGUUUCCCUUCAAGAGCCUCAUUUCACGAACUCUAUAACAUGUACAAAAAGUACAUGCCAGAGAAACUCGCAAGAUUGGAUCCAAGGCUAUUUUGUAAGGCUCUUUUUAAAGCUCUGGGAUUAAAUGAAGUUGAUUACAAGUUUGGGCUCACAAAAGUGUUUUUCAGGCCUGGCAAGUUUGCAGAAUUUGAUCAGAUUAUGAAGUCUGACCCUGAUCAUUUAGCAGAGUUGGUAAAAAGAGUCAAUCUUUGGCUAGUCUGUAGUCGCUGGAAGAAAGUUCAGUGGUGUUCACUCUCAGUCAUCAAAUUGAAAAACAAAAUACAAUAUCGAGCUGAAGCGUGCAUUAAAAUGCAGAAAACGAUUCGAAUGUGGCUUUGCAAAAGGAGACACAAACCACGCAUUGAUGGCCUGGUUAAGGUGGGCACCCUGAAGAAACGACUCGAUAAGUUCAAUGAAGUAGUAAAUGCAUUGAAAGAUGGGAAGCCAGAGGUGAACAGACAAAUCAAAGAUCUGGAAAUUUCUAUUGAUGCUUUGAUGGCCAAAAUUAAGUCCACCAUGAUGACAAGGGAACAAAUACAGAAAGAGUAUGAUGCGCUAGUUAAAAGCUCGGAAGAUCUCCUCAGUGCACUGCAGAAAAAGAAACAGCAAGAAGAGGAGGCAGAGAGGCUGAGGCGCAUUCAAGAGGAGAUGGAGAAGGAAAGGAAGAGGCGCGAAGAGGACGAGCAAAGGCGGCGGAAGGAGGAGGAGGAGAGGCGGAUGAAACUUGAGAUGGAAGCAAAGAGAAAACAAGAGGAGGAGGAAAGGAAGAAGAGGGAAGACGACGAGAAGCGGAUCCAGGCUGAGGUGGAGGCGCAGCUGGCCCGACAGAGGGAGGAGGAGUCCCAGCAGCAGGCCGUCCUGGCACAGGAGUGCAGGGACAGGGAGUUGGCUCUGCGUAUCGCCCAGAACGAGUCUGACCUCAUCAGUGAUGAGGCGCAGAGCGACCUGGCACUGCGAAGAGGUCCUGCUGUACAAGCUACGAAGGCAGCUGCUGGCGCCAAGAAACAUGAUCUCAGUAAAUGGAAAUAUGCAGAGCUGCGUGAUACAAUCAAUACUUCCUGUGACAUUGAGCUCCUGGCAGCAUGCAGAGAAGAAUUUCACAGGAGACUGAAAGUGUACCAUGCCUGGAAAUCCAAGAACAAGAAGAGAAACACUGAAACAGAGCAGCGGGCUCCCAAGUCUGUUACUGAUUAUGAUUUUGCACCAUUUUUGAACAAUUCACCUCAGCAGAACCCUGCAGCUCAGCUUCCUGCCAGGCAGCAGGAGAUUGAGAUGAACCGACAGCAGCGUUUCUUCCGUAUCCCGUUCAUCCGCCCUGCUGACCAGUACAAAGACCCUCAGAACAAGAAAAAGGGCUGGUGGUAUGCCCAUUUUGACGGACCGUGGAUUGCUCGGCAGAUGGAACUCCACCCUGACAAGCCACCCAUCCUUCUUGUAGCUGGCAAGGAUGACAUGGAGAUGUGUGAGCUGAAUCUCGAGGAGACAGGUCUGACUCGGAAGCGUGGGGCUGAGAUCUUGCCCAGACAGUUUGAAGAGAUCUGGGAGCGCUGUGGAGGCAUCCAGUACCUUCAGAGCGCCAUUGAGAGCAGGCAGGCCAGGCCUACCUAUGCCACGGCCAUGCUGCAGAACCUGCUCAAGUAGACCACAGGCUUCCAGCCUGGCCCUGGCUUGCACAGGCAGGGAGGUGAUCAGAAGGGUCGCCAUUUCCUUGCUCCUGGUAGGACGCCUUAUGCAAAGUGAACAGAUUUUAUUAAUUAUGGAUUUUGUUAAUUUGCUCAAGGUUAAUUAAGGUUGACAUAGUGGAUUCAGGACCUAAAAAGAGAAUAGCCCUGGUCCCAGAAAUGACUCCCCCACGUCUCGCUGUUCUGAUGUUUUUAGCAUCUGGGCAGAUUUCACACUCCUCACUCUCUGCACACUGACUACCUUAAGUCCAUGGUGAUUGUUCUCAAGGACAAGACUUCCUUUUUUUUUUUUUAAUUUCAAAAGACUUGGUUUUUAUAGAGGAUGACAAGUGCCUUUAUAAAUGGGAUAAUGGAAUCUUCGCUUUGUUUUGUGCAAGAAUUAAGGUACUUAAAAUGAUUAAGGCUCAGAUGGUUUUGGUCUAAAACGUUGUAUUUUGUCUGCUUUUUCAGAAAUCUAUGGAAAUGGGUUUAUCCCUUCUUGCAGUGUGCUUAGCCUGAGUGAAGCCCAACUUCUAGAAUUCUGGAAAGAGACUUAAUGUAUAGGAUGUAUUAUGUGUAGAAGAGGUGCCGGGCCUAUGCAGCAUAGACAUAGGGCACUUUCCUACCAAGCUCUGUGUUACCCUUGGAAUCUCCUCUUCCUAAAUCAUGGUUGAGUAAAGGCAUUUCAGGUCAUUCGAAUGACUGGACAUUUUGAUACAGCUUUGUUUCAUUUUGGAAGGGACACAGGGUUGAGGUGGUGCUGUAACUUUCCUGGAUUGAAUGCUAAUCCUUCCCCCACUUCAUCUCAACUGUGAUUUUUCAGUUUAAGCCUUGUCCAAAUUAUUUCAUGUGAUUUAAGCCGGUGUGCUGCUUCAGACAUCUCUCCUUCCCCUUUCCCUAUUCUGAGCAUCUGUUUUGGUCUUUGGAACUCUAAUGGUAGAGCUGUUUUGUAAACUUUGUAACUCAGAAGCCGUUGUACUUAGACAGCUUGUUUCAUGCCUCAGGUGGUUUUUAAAACACUCCCUUUUGUGUGCUGUCAGUCCUCAUCAGAUGGCAGCAGCUGGAGCUAAUAUUUAUGACUUUAAUAUUAGGAACUUAGAGACAAAACUGCAUUGAGGAGUUAUGGUAACACCCAAAGGAGUCUUUGUUUGUAUUUUAGAGUAACAGAGAGUAAAAUUAUUCUUUACACUGCCCUUGUUUUAUAUACCCUAACUGUUGAAAUUUCAGGGUUCUUUUUUCUUUAGAAAGAUGCCUCAGUUAGGAAAUAUUUACCAGCUGAUGAGAUCAAUGUCUAGAAGCCAGAGAUUCUGUUGUCAUGACUCCUCCUCUCAAAUUGUCUUAGUACCGAAGUACUUAUUUAUUAUGAUACUGUGGAAAUGAUUGUUUUGUGUUAAGGAAAUGAAAUGGCCCUGUCUAUACUAAUGAUUGAAAAUGUGAAUCGGAUUUUCUCCUGGAGGUUGUCAUACUGCUUAGACUCAUCCACCAUUGGGUCAUUUGGUGAUGGUGGCAAAAGGUGUAGUUACUGAAAUAAACAACCUGUUGUUUCCCUUUCAUCUCUCCUUUGAUUGGUGUCUUUAUUUGUGCAGGACAGCAAAUAAGCUUCAUUUUCUAAUCAUCAGUAAAUAUAGGCCUUGAAAGAAGUCUAGAGGUCUAAUGGAUUGUUAGUGACUUGUUGGCUCAGCACUAUUUUCUGAAGUAUUUUUAUGUAUCUUCUAUAUCUAAGAAUAAGCACUAGAUGAAAAAUUAACCAGAAAAUGGAAAUUAGUAUAACAGAACUUAAAAAUUUAAAGGAUUUAUAGGAAAUAUAGGACAGCAAAGCAAUGUUGAAAGUUUUUGUGUGUGUGUGUGAUUUUUGACUUUGACAAUUCUACAGUUAAAUAUCAGACCAUUUUCUACCUAAUUAUGUCACCCAGCUGUCCUACAAUUCAUCUGUUUCAAGUAGUCUCCUGAGUUAAUUUUGCCAAGCAGGAGAACUGCCCCAAUUCAGGCAGGCCUUGAACCUUCCACACGUCAGAGCAUGGCACUCAGAUCCUUCCAGGGAAACUUUAGGAGGUCAUUUUUGGGGGCACAGCAGAAACAGUGCUCUCCGAGACACCAAUCCAGCUUCUCUUCCAUGUUUUGUAGUUUCAGAUCCAUUAAGUCUGUGAGAGAACUGGGGGCAUCCAAGUCAAUUAACUCUUAUUCUAAUCAGCCAUGUAAAAUUAUAAACCAAUUCAUAUGCUUAAACAUGAAGAACUAAUUUUGAGAGUGCUUUUCAGUUCCAGUUUCUUCCAUAGUUGUGUGUACAUUUUAAUAGAAUGUAAAAAAAAAAUGAUGGCAGGUGUUUCCCUGUUGAAUUCAGUUGUGAUAUAAUGCCCAAUGUCAGCAGCACAGAUGAGAUGUGUGUUAGUAGGGAGAUGUACUCUCAGUGAAAACAGGGAUUGUCUAGAGGUCUUGUGUGUUCAGAAGCUGCAGUCCCUUCACUGUCAGGGAGAUGACACCUGUACAGGACUAUGUAAAGUAGCAAAAUAACAGACCAGCCUGCCCUAAAGGCAAUCUACUGAGACAGCUUCUCACUCGGGCCUGUGAAAAAGGCUCCACAGGCCAGUGAAUCCUUUUGUUUCACAUGCAACCAAGGAAACAGCUCAAGGCAAAACCUCAAGAUGCUUGGGAGAUUUAGACAGUAAAAAGCACAGGCAAAAUAAUAAUAAUAAUAAUAGAUUUUAUUACAUGUGAUCUUUAUUAAUUAGGUUGCCUUUUCCCCGCUGGGGAUUGAACACAGGACUUCACACAGGCUAGGCACUACCGCGGAGGCCCCUCCCUAGCCUUUAGUUGUCUACUUUUGGAAGAUAGUUUCACUCACAGGUUAUUAAUAUGGUUCUCAGGGGAUUCAAAUAUGUAGACCUUUGGUUUCUUAAAAUAGCUUUAAAAUACUUGGAUCAGCAGAAUAUUUCUUGAACUAAUCAUUCCGUUAAUACUAAGUUAAUGAUAAUCUUACUACCCUAUAUGAAAAAAAAAGUUGUAGAAAACCAGGGACGUCAUACAGUUUACUACUAGACCACCAAGGAGAUAUAAAUGCCUUUGCUCCAGCUGUGUAAGAGUGAAAACGAUGCUUUGUUUGCUCAGCCAAUCCCGAGAGACUUACAAAGGGUACUUCCCCAUUUAUCUUUAACACCGGUAAAUCUAUAUUGAGUAAUGUCUACCAGAAUACACACUAACAGUGAGGGAGGAAAGGACAGAGGACAUUUAACAAUGAGGAUGAGGAUGAGGAUGAGGUGUGGAAACAGUGAUAACCCUAAGGGCAGAGGAGAGCAGCAGUGGAAGAGAAGGGAAACGUGCAUCCCAGGAAGACUGCACCUCAGUUGGGAAACACUGCCACAAACACUCCUGGGUCCUUGCUGAGUUUUAGGAUGCAUUUUGUGUGGCUUAAGAACAGAAGUGAAGGUUGGUAAACUUGGAUAUUGAGUCACCUGGUGUAUAGAUCUUAGCAGGUAAGAAUGGUGCACUGAACUGGAGGUGCCCAUCAAAGAACGUGGCAUCCUGUACAGGAACCUCGUGCGAGGGUAGGUAGAGAAUCUGCCUGUAUCAGUGGCACAUCUUUUGACUGUUUGGUGAAAAUUCACAGCAGUGUCUUCUUAUCCCAGUACUGACCUAUGUAUGAGGUAUCUUGGAUUCUUCGAAGUUUUCCAGGAGACAAUUAGGAAAAAUUAAUGCACAUUGAAAAUAGCAUAAUGUUUAAUCUUAAUUUCUGUCAAUAUAGAAACUCAACUUCAAACUGCAAACAGGCCUAUUAAGUGACCACUUUUCGUUUUACUUCUGGAAAUCUGUCUGUUUGUAAUUGUUAAUUUUUCUUCAUGAAAAGUGUGUAUCUAAUACUUUCCUAAAAUACUGAUGUACCGGAAACUCAAAUAAAUGUCUUACAUGUAGAACA